AUGGAUGUUAUCCAGUGUGUGAUCCAAACUUUGACAGAAAACCCGUCUGCUGCCCUGUGCCUCGGCUUUGCCCUCCUUUAUGCUGCAUAUUACUUUCUUUAUGUGGGCAAGAGACCAGAGAUAGCCUGUGGGGACGAGGAUCUGAGGCAGUUUAUUGAUCAGCACUGUCCCAUCUCCAGGGAGAAGUACUGGCCCACCUGGUGGUGCAUCGAGUCACAUGCUCAGACACUGGUCAGGACGGCGCUGCAGUCAGACCUGCCCAUCGUCUAUACAGGGGAACUGGUGAGGACUCAAGAUGGCGGAGAGAUUCUUCUUGACUGGCACGAUUGUGAGGAGACAAGUCCCUACCCUAGUGAAACCAGACCAACUAUCGUCUUUCUCCCAGGACUUACAGGUAGCAGUAAAGAGAACUACAUCCUACACCUGGUCAGCGAUGCCUCACAGAUGGGCUACAGGAGUGUGGUGUUCAACAACCGUGGCACAGGAGACUCCAGUCUUAAGACUCCACGGACAUACUGUGCUGCCAAUGUGGAUGACCUGACGCUGGUUGUGAGCCACAUACGGGAGAAAUACCCUCAAGCUCCACUCAUCGGAGUCGGGAUCUCUCUCGGAGGAAUGAUUUUAUUCAAUUAUCUGGCACGGGUCGGCUCACAGACAGAUUUGCUGGCUGCCAUGAUUUUCUCCCCUGCCUACGACUUGCACGAGUCAUCUUCAUCCUUGGAUCGGCCACUCAAUUACUGGCUGUUCAACCGGCAGCUGGCACACAGUCUCUGUGAUAUUUUUAGAAGAAACAUUGACACAUUUGAGAGACAUUUGGACAUUGACCCGGCACACGUCCUUGAGAGUGAGUCCAUCAAAGACUUCGAUGAGAGACUGACCAUCAAACUGUUUGGCUUUGAGUCGGCAGAGCACUAUUAUAAAGCUGCCUGUCUCAGCUCUAAGGUCCACACACUGGCCAAACCUGUGGUCUGCCUCAGUGCCGCUGACGAUCCUUUUGCUCCAGAGUAUUCCAUUCCGACAGCACUUGCCCAGAGAAGCCCCAACAUCGCCAUCAUCAAGACCUCACAUGGGGGCCACAUUGGCUUCCUGGAGGGCUUCUUCCCCCGCAACAGUAACUACAUGAACAGAUGGUUUCAGCAGUUUGUGUCUGCCGUCUUUCAGCAUGGCAUCCAAUCUGAAUGA